GAGGUGAGAGGGGCCGUCUUAGGGUAGCCGUCAUUGCUGAAUGAGUCUCUGGGUGGAAGAUAUUUGAUGAUGGCUCAGAAACAAACAGAAAGAAAAUGCUGAGAUCUCUGUCCAGAGCACGGGUCCAGAGCCUUUGACUUACCAUCUCCUUCUUGCUUCCUAGAAGUAAUUUUAUUCGAAGAGGAAUAAGCAGAAAAAAACAAAGGAAGAGAAAAAGGAAAGGAAGGAAGAGGACAGAAACAAGAUGAAACCCUGUCAAAAAAUUGAAGGAAAACCAGAAAAUGAGAGUGAACCGAAGCUUGAGGAAGAGCCAAAGUCUGAGGAAAAGCCAGAGGAGGAGGAAGAGCCAGAGGAGGAGGAAAAAACAGAAGGAACUUUUAGAGAAAGGCUGAUUCAGUCUCUCCAGGAAUUUAAAGAAGAUAUACACAACAGGCAUUUAAGCAAGGAUGAUAUGUUUAGAGAAGUGAAUGAAUUAGAUGAGAUAAGGAGAGUAAGAAACAAACUUAUAGUGAUGCGUUGGAAGGUUAAUCGAAACCAUCCUUACCCUUAUUUAAUGUAGCUUACCUUGAUUUUUAUUUUUUCUGAUAUUAACAUUGCCAUAUAGCUUUCUUGUGAUUUACAUUUUCCUGAUAAACCUUUGUCCAUUUUUCUACUUUUAAGUUGUUGCUAUUAGUAGUUUUAGAUGAAUCUCUUGUUUCUGCAUCUCAUUGUUUAUCAUAUUUUGAACCAAUCUCCAAGUUUCUGCAUUUUAAUAAGAGAGAGAGCUUGACUCGUUUAUACAAAAGGGUUUUCUGACAGGAUACAAAAUGAAAAAAUGUUAGUAAGGAAUAUGUGAAUAUCAUAUUUUUAAAAGGGAAGCAUACAUUUGUAUAUACAUAUAUACACAGAAAAAACAUGUGAGGGAUGAAAGACAAAAAGAUCACUAAGUGGUAGGAUUAUGAGUGAUUUUUAAAGUUCUGCUUAUUUGUAUUUUCCCUUAUUCCUAGAAUAUCCAUGUAUUGUUAAAAUAAUAAAAGUUUAAAAAAACAAUAAAAAUUUUAUAACAAAAAAAGAGGU